UGGCUACCCUACAGCGCAUGCGCCAACUAUGCUGGCGUCCAUUGAUUUUAUUCAACGGUGAGGACCUCGACAGUUUAUCUAGCCCUCGUGAACUCGACGUUGAAAUCUUCGCAAAAUUUGACCGGUGGUCAAAAAUCACGUGCAAGCACGAUUCUCAUCUCUGCAGUGUUGUCGUUCUCGAUCUCGGACAGCGCUAAAAUUCAGGAUCGCUUCCUGAGUCAGCAAGUCAUCGUGGAAAAUGGCGUCUACGGAAAUAUCAGGCCGUCGCAAGGCGUCUAAGCGACCGUUCCCUGCCGCCGCCUCAGAACCGUCUGCUAACGGACCGGUUCAGGCGACCGAUCUUAGCCCUGUCGCGGCCAAAAAAUCCAAACCUCACGAACCUGCACCUAGCAAAUCCAAAUCUAGGAAGGAGAAUGAUGUUACAGUGGGCCAUAAGGUCAAUGAUACUGAAAAUCAUGAUAAGGAAAAUUUGGGUACAAAGCAAGUACUCGUUUUCAAUUGGACUUCUGAAGAGCUGACACAACUUAUUACAAAUUUAUCUGCCUGUUUACCUCGAAAUGAUAAUGUGAAAUACACAACUCUUAUUGACAAGUUGGAUUGGGAGAAAGUUAGAUUUGGCCAGUACACGGCAGCUCAAUGCAAAGAUAAAUGGAUGCAAAUUGUAACUAAACUCCGUCGAUUUCGUACAUUAACAGAUAUGGUUACAGAUGCUAAAGCAUGGUUAAAGCAUCCAUGGUCUUCAUACAGUUCUUCAAAAAAACAAAAACAUCCAGAAAUGCCAAAAAAACCUCUUACUCCUUACUUCCGUUAUUUUUUGGAGAAAAGGGAAAAGUAUAGUAAAGAUAACCCUGAGAUGUCUAUGACAGAUCUUGCCAAAUUGCUAUCAAAGAAGUUUCAACAAUUGCCUGAAAAGAAAAAACAAAAGUAUAGAGAAGCAUAUGAAAAGGAGAAUGAAAUCUAUAAACAAGAAUUAGAAAAGUUUAAAAAAUGUCACCCAGAGCAGUUUCCAACUCCCGAAAUGAAACAACAAUCUAAUUCAAAUGAAGGACCAGACAAGCCUCUUAAUGCUUUUGCCAUUUUUGUGAAUGAUCGACUUAAGAAAUCAGAAUUUAGUCAGAUUGAAAAACGUGAAGCAAUGGAAAAGCUGCGCAAGAUGUGGAAUAGUUUAAAUGAUAACAAAAAAGUGAAAUGGAUAAGAAAAGCAAUUCAAGAUGAACAGCGUUAUGGGGCUGAAGUUGAAAAAUACAGGAGUGAGCAUCCCGAUUUUCACCCAGAACCUGUAAAAGCAGUUUUAAGUAAAGCUGAGAAGGAAUUAAAAGACAGAUGUGAUGGGAAACCAGAGAGACCUCCAAAUUCAGGAUACAGUCUAUUUUCAAGAAUUAAACUGCGAGAAUUAAAGGAUCUUCCAUCAAAAUCAAAAAUGGGGGAGAUUUCCCGAAUGUGGAAAACUUUGUCUGAUGCUGAGAGGGAGAAUCUUAAUAAACAGGCUCAAAUUGCUAUUGCUAAAUAUAAGCAAGAAUAUGCUGCCUAUUUAAAUAAUUUGCCUGAUAAUGAGAGGGUAAAGCUUGAGAAUGAAACCAAGCCAGCUAGCAAAAAGAAACCUGUCAACCAUGUAGUUGUAGAAACAAUUAAUAAUGAUGUUACAGAAUUGGAAGCUAUUGAUGGUGCUAGACCUAAGAAGCCUUUAUCUGCCAUGUUUUAUUACCAACAAGAAAAAUUUGCUGUGGCACAGCAAAAACAUCCUGAUAUGUCUAAACAAAAUAUAAUGAAAAUGCUUGCCAAGGAUUAUAAUGAUUUACCUGAGAAAAAGAAGGAGAAAUAUAAAAAAAUUGCAGAGGAGGCAAAAAAAGCAUAUGAUGAAGGUUCAACAUCAAAAGGGAAGCAUGAAAGUGGUGGGAAAAAGAAACUGUUUAAAGGAGAACCAAAAAGGCCUCCUCAGAGUGGUUAUGGAUUAUUUUCAUCUGAAAAACUUAGUGAGCUUACACAUGUUGAUCCUAAAAAUCGUAUGACAGAAAUUGCCAAACUGUGGAAAUCCAUGUCUGCUGCAGAAAAAGACCAGUAUGCUAAACGAGUACAAGAAAUGAUGAGGCGGUAUAAUAAGGACAUGCAGAAAUUCCUGAAAAGUCUAACUGUAGCAGAAUUCCAAGAAUAUGAAAAAUAUCGAAAGGCUAGCAUCAAGAAAAAAAGUAAAAAAGGGUCAGAUGGCAUCCAGAAAAAUGUUAAGAAAGAAACAGAUUCAGAUUCAUCUGAUGAUGAUUCAUCAGAUGAUGAUGAUGAUUCUGAGAAAUCUGAUGGAGAUGAUUCUGGAUCAGGUUCUGGCUCAGGGUCAGGAUCAAGUUCAGGUUCUGAUGAUUCAGGUAGCGAUUCUGGAAGUGAUGAUGAUGACGACGACGAUGAUGAUGAUGACGACGAUGACGAUGAUGAUGACGACGAUGAUGAUGAAGAUGAUGACGAUGAUGAGAAAAAAGAUGGAGAUGACAAUGACUCUAGCUCAAGUGACAGUGACAGUGAUAGUGGCAGUGGUUCUGAUAGUGGAAGUGGCAGUGACGAUAGCAGUGACUCUGGCUCUGAUAAAUCAGACAAUGAAGAAAAGAGCAGUUAAUUUAUCCUUUUCUGUGACAUCCAAACAAGCACAACUUUUUUAUUGAGUAAAUGCUUGUCACUGACCAUUAAGUGCCUAUUAUUCAAACUGGACAAGAGAGUUAUAAGAUGGAACAUUUUUAAUGAAAUAUUGGAGGAAUGAAUUUUAUGUCCUCGGCAGUUAUCAUGCAUUUCCAUAAUUAAGAUACUUUUUCACAUGUUGUACAGUAUCCAGUUAUAUUAAUUGGAAGAAUUGUACUGUUUAAACUGUGAGACAUGUACGUGGCAAAGAAUUUGCUUGUACUUUACUACACUUCUUUUAAUGAAGAGAACGAAACUGGAUUGACUUCCUAAAUUCUUUGAUAGAGGACCAAUGAUACAUGAGUGAUAUAAACUGAAACACUGCAGUAGUAAAAAUUAGUAAAGAAGCAACUAACCUCUGUUAUUCUCUUAAGAUUCAAUGGAUAUCUAAUGAAUGGAAAGGCGGUUUUUAAAAAAUUCUGCAUGUUGUCUUCAAGGGAGAAAAGAAAUCACCAGAGUAACCUCUUACCAUAAAAUUUUUCCUGCAUUAUGUUCCUAAAAAGGAAUAGUGUGCUUUUUCUAUUCUUUAAAAAAUGUGUGAUCUCCAUAUAUGAAAAAAAGAAAAUGUUAUUCACAAACACAUUUUAUAACUGUUUUAAUAGAUGUCCAUAGAAUAAUAUUUUACUACAAACUGUGUUCAAGUCACUAGGUGUUGUCAUUAAGUUAGAAAUGAGCUAUUUUUUAAAUUGUGCACAUUCUGGAAUCAUAGAAUACUCUUUUUAUUAUGUCUAUAUAUGUUGAUAUGGAAACAUAGAAAAGAGGAUUCAUUAAGUGAAAAAUGAAUGUAGCAAAUUGUUAAAUACAUUAAAAGCUGUAGUGUCUUUUUGACUGCCCAGUUUUUCUUUACUAUAAUAUUUAUUUUUUAAACAUAGAAGACAGAGCAAUAAACUAAUAUUGCAAACUUUUUCUGAAAGGUUAUUUUAAAGAUAUUUUAAGAAUUAUGACAACAACAUUCAUCACAAUGAAUAAGAAUACUUGAUGAUUUUUUUUACAUGUUAUCCCAUCUUAUGAAAUUUUUUUAUUUAAUUUUUUUAAUUUAAUCGCCACCUUUGUAGAUUAGCUGCAUUGUCUGGAAUAAUUGUUAUGUUUGAUUUUAAUUCAUUCUGCUAUGCAUAACUUAAUGUUUCUUACACUCUCGGCAGCAUAUUAAGCAUCAAAUUAUGACAGACAUUAAGUUUAUGUUUUGUUAAUGGCUUUAUACUGGUUUUGUUUAUUGUGCACUUGAAUUUCCCUUAAUCGAUUCCCAUGACUUCAAAGUGCAUUAAAAACUUGUGUCUGAGUAAUCUUUUUCAAGUGGCAUAUUCUGGUUAUAUCAUUUUACUUCCUAAUUCCACAUGUAAAAUACAGAUAAAUAGCAGAUUCUUUCUUCCUUCUUUAACGGUGGAAGAUAAUCACAUGAUAAAUAUUUGUUAAAAUAAAGGAAAAUUUUAAGUUAAAUAAUAAAUAUUUGUUAAAAUAAUGGAGAAAUUUAAUUUUGUUGCAAAAGUGAGAAUUUAUUAUUGAAAAUUAAAUUAAAAGAGUAAUUUAAAAAACUGUUAAAAUUCAGGGAAAAAAUGUUUUGCAGUUAAAUUACUACCAAUAAAAGAAAUUUUUUAAAACUUAAAAUUGGUAUGAAAAUCAAUUUUUUUGUAAUGUUAUUUUUGUUAAUUGCCUCGUUACGGCAACAAAUUCUUGCUUAAUUUCUAACUAAAAAUCUGGUCAAAAUUUCCUCUGAGAUGCACCCCCCCCCCCUUUUAAAAGUAUAUAUGUGCCAAAUUUUGUAGCUCCAGGUCAGACUAUCUAUUUUUUAGAACAUGAAUAUACGCACAUGCAUUCUUUAAUAAUAGUAAAAAUGUCAUGUGCUCUAUACAUUCCUAUUGACUGAUAUAAAAAAUUUUAACAUUAAAGAAAACAAUCAAUUAAUUUAAUGUUUAAUAUUAAAGAAGUUUUUUUUUAUUGUAAAAAUCCAGUUGCAAAAAAACAAAGAAAAAGAAAGCCAAAUUAAGUAGCUUGAUUUUUUUAUAUAUAUA